AGGAAUGCCAACAUGGACCCGUGGCAAGGACGGGAUGUGAGCGUGCUACGACAAUAACACGACGGAGGAGAAGAGAAACCCAAAGAAGAGAAGUACCGUCGACGGCGCUGCCUUCCUCCACCGAGCUGCCUCCCGACUACACACGGUUUUUGUGAUCCCACUCCUGGAUAGUGUUUCCUCCACGUCCUCUCGUGUGUGUUUGGCCAGGAUCAAUGGUGUCUCUCAGCAGCAGAACGCUGAGCUUGGAGAAUGACCUGUUCAGGGACAGCAGCAGCCUGUUCUCUCUCGGCCUGGGAGACGGUGCCCGCAGCGAGGGGGGCAGUUCUGCCUCCUGCAAGAGUCCUGAUGCUGGGGAGCUGGCGGCCAUGCACUGCUCCAGCCCUGGAGAGGAGGAAGAUGACGAGGAGGACGAAGAUGAAGAUGAGAGGACGAGUCUGCAUAUUUUUCUAGGAACAGAGGGAGAAGAGGAAGCUGCAAGUCAGGAACCUAAACUGCCAGACUUUCCUUUCCAUCCCUCUUCCCCGUUCUCCCCGACCCUGGAGGACAUAGAGGAGUUCCUGAGGGAAAAGAUGGAACUGGUCAAAGAGGAGCUCCUGACCCCAAAAGAGGAGGCCUCCCCUCUACCGUGCAGUGACUCUCCAUCCUCCAGUGCGCCCCCAGCUGCCUCCUUAGAGACUAACAGUGACCUCGGGACUAGUGCCUCUCACUGCACCUUAAGCUCAAACACUCCUAAGAACGAGCAAAACAGCCCCAGCCCAGUUGAUCGUUCUCCUGCCCAAAUCAACCCCUCACCUUCCACCUUAACCCCGCCAGUGCUCCUGGGCGGCCCUCUGGUUCUCCAACUCCAGCCCCUACCUGUGGCCCAGCCUUCGGCCCCAGCAGGCUCUCCUCCUGGGGCCCAAAGUGGCAUUUGGCUCACACAUGUGGUCAUGGGGCUUCAGGGUGCAACAGGACAAAAUGUCACUUUGCUGGCCCCGCAGGUGCCCUCCACUCCCACCACCCUGCUGUCACUGAACAGUGGAGACACCAAGUCAGCUGACCAGAAGUACGUCAAGAUCGCCCCUCUGCCCAUCACCAUGAGGACUCUAGAGAUCACAGGUGUUACUGGGGUUGGGGGCCAGGGCAACGGUCUGCUGAAGGCCGUGGCCCCCCGGGUGACCAGACUGCCGCCCACAGAGAGGGUCCAUAAGUGCUCCCAUCCCGGCUGUGGGAAGAUGUACACCAAAAGCAGCCAUCUGAAAGCGCACUUCCGUCGGCACACAGGAGAGAAGCCCUACACAUGUAGCUGGCCCGAGUGUGGUUGGAGAUUCUCCCGAUCUGAUGAACUGUCUCGUCACCGACGCUCUCACUCCGGCAUCAAGCCAUACGAGUGCUCACUGUGUGAGAAGAAGUUUGCCCGCAGUGACCACUUAUCCAAACACACGAAGGUCCACCGCAGCUCCAGGCCCAGCAGGAUUAUCAGAGCCACUGUGUGACACCCUCAGCUGGCCUAAACCCUCACCUGCACCCACCCAGCCUGUCCUGGACCUGAGUGUCCCUCAGGACUUUUGGUGCUUCACAAGCAGAACUUUCAGAAGAAUUGUGAGAGCUGGCUGCUGUUUCCCCCCUCAUAUGUCCUUUUCUUUCCUCCCCUCCUGCUGUUUAUCUUUCAGUGUUCCCUCUGAGCAGCUCAUCUUAUACUGAGCGGACACCUCAGGAAAAACUCUGCUGAGAAUGGAUUUCCUGGCCUUCACACACAAAACACAGAACACACAGGAGGAGACAGUCUUUUAGAAGAAUCGUGUGAGCUGGCUGCUUUGUCCCCCUAAUAUUUCCCUUCCUUUUUUUCCCUUUUGCUGUUUAUCUUUUACUGUUCCCUUCUGAGCAGCUUGUCUUAUACUAAGCGGACACCUCAGGAAAAACUCAGCUGAGAAUAACUUUCCUGCCCUUCACACUCACAAACAAAACAAACACACAACAGUAGGCAGUCUUACAGAGGCCCCUCUUGCAGCCACUUUGUACUCUACUAUUGCCAAGCACCCAGGUGCUGUUGGGAGUAAGUUAGGAUGGUAACUAGUAACAGGAGUGUCUAUAGUUCUGUAAUCCCCUUUUUACUUUUGUGAUUGCACCUCUUCUACCCAGCCAAACUUCAGGGUCCACAAGGAUAAAGUGACCUGGUGUUUUUGUACGUUGUGAAAUGAAAAUUUAGCGUCACAUUAUUUUAUGUGUUCUGAUCAUGAGGUCAUGGUCAUGUGGCAGCCAUCACUGUAGUGUGAAAUGACAACUAA